AUGCAUCAGGAAGAUGAUAGAGAGACUGAGAGUAGUACUGCGAACACUUCUGAUGCUGCAAAAGAUGAGAAGGAUGCAACUGUAAAAUGCGGGGAUUUGGCAAAUUUGGCUGUGUUUAGUUGUUCACAUGACAACCGAGAUUUGAAACUCAAUAGAACAGCUGCUCCAGAUGUUGCUGGUCAGCUCUAUAGAGCAGUCGUCACCACAAGCAACCAGCCUUCAUUACAUCCUAUGAUCUCACAGAGAAGGAAGAGGAAGGUUAAAGUCUUUUUGUCAACGGACAGCUUUAAGCAAGCUAUGGUAGACACGGUAGAGGAUGGUUUAAUCUCGUUUGACUCUGGAAUCAAACAAGGCAACGCUCGUUACACUCACCUUCGUGACGUGCAUGACGACGAACAAAUUGUGAAUGAUGAUGAAGUCCAAGAGAUGUUAAAUGAUGAAGUCCAAGGCAUGUCUGCCAAGAGGUUGGCUGUUAGAAAGAUGAUUUUGCACCACAACAUUGAUAUUUGCGUCCUUUUAGGAGCUAAGCGGAGAAUAUAUACACCUAGUUUAGUUUAUGCAACAUGGAAUGAUCCUAAUGUAAAGUGGCACUCGGUGGACUCUGUUAAUAAUGCUGGUGGGAUUCUGGUAAUAUGGAAUGAGGAAAACUUUAAGGUUGACAAUAUAGAGUGCAGUGGGCAAUGGAAUGCAAUUUUUGGGGAUUUCUAUGAAAUUUUGCACGGUGGUGAUAGUAGUGCUUACUUGAACGCGGUUGGCUCAAAGGAUUUUCAUUCUUUUAUUUCUCACUGCGAUAGAAGUAGUGCUUGCUUGAACGCGCGUCAGAUUGCACAGAUGAUAUUUGACUAUAGUUCUUGGCUGGCUAUGCAGAGAUACCACCCUUCCAGGGUCCUUACACUUGUAUAUCAGCCAUUUGCGCUUGGAACACUUGCAGUUCUUGCAUACUACGAGGCAAAAAUCAACACUCGUAUCCGUAACUUAUUUGGAUACAGUCUUUUCUUCCUCAGCACUCUUGGUUCUAGUUGUGAGGGUGCCUUUUAUUCAAAAACUUUGGAUUUAGCAACAUCGGGGAAAGGAGGACUUGGAACCUUUGUUGGAAUCUGUGCACUCAGCGGGGCAUUUGGACUCGCAGAUGCUCAUGUACAGGGUGGAAUGGUUGUUUGGUUCAAUUUAGUGGACCCUUUUCCUUGUAUAAAACUUCUGCAUUCAUUUCUCGCUGGUUUAUCAGCAUCAGGAGCUCUAAUCUCUGCUUUGAGAUUAAUUACAAAAGCAGCAUUCGACAAUUCACAGUAUGGACCUCCCAAGGGAGCCAUUUCAUUUCUUGCCAUCUCUGCAUUUUUUGAGCUUCCUUGGGCUCUUCUGUACGCAUACGUCUUCCCAAAACUGGCCGUCGUGAAGUACUACUGCUCUAAGGUAGCCUCGGAAGGUUCAAAAACUGUUUCAGCUGAUCUUGCUGCUGGUGGCAUUGAAACAUUGCUACAACCAGAAUCUGAGGAUGAUCCAGAACAACUCGAACGGCUGAGCAACAAGGAGCUACUACUGCGGAACAUUGAUUAUGCAAUUGAUACGUUUCUGAUUUAUGUGCUGACACUGUCUAUUUUCCCUGGAUUCGUAUCUGAAGACACCGGAACCCACAGUCUGGGUGGAUGGUAUGUUCUCGUGUUGAUAGCAUUGUUCAAUGCUUCUGAUCUAAUUGGGAGAUACAUUCCACUCCUGAGAUCCUUGAAGUUGGAGUCCCGGAAAGGUCUGAUGAUAGCCACUCUCUCUCGCUUCUUACUCCUCCCAGCGUUCUACUUCACUACCAAGUAUGGAGACCAGGGCUGGAUGAUAAUGGUAACAUCUUUCUUGGGGCUAACCAAUGGUUACCUGACUGUGCGUAUCUUUACUUCUGCAAAGAAAAAUCACAAGAAUGUCAAGG